AUGUCUCUCCUCUUCCCCAGAUUCGCCUAUGCACCCGUGGCGCACUGCGCUCCAGCACGCCGCGAGGUCGCCCCUCUCUGGAGUCUCUUCGACGACACACUCAACGAGCUACAGCGCGCCACUCGGCAGUCCACGCGCCAGCAACGCCAAUGGAAUCCUCGCUUCGAUGUGCAGGAGACCAAGGAAGGAUACACUCUCGAGGGUGAACUGCCCGGCGUAGACCAGUCGAAUAUCAACAUCGAGUUCACCGACGAGCACACCAUCAAAAUCAAGGGCCGUACCGAGUCGGUCACUGAGAAGGGGAAGCAACCCGAGCAGGCCGUCGAAGCAACUCAGGACGGUACGGCAACACCUGCCUCAGAAGAGGGCAGCGUGAAGUCACACCAAGCUACCGUCGAAGACGACGCUGAAGAGCCAGCCAACAGCUCCGCCGCCGCUGAGCAGGCUGUCGCUGAGAAGACUCCCGAACCAGUCAAGGAAACCAAGAAGAGCAACGACCAGCAAUUCUGGUACCGUGAACGCUCGGUCGGCGAAUUCACGCGCAGCUUCCGCUUCAAUGCCCGGGUUGACCAAGAUGCCGUUCGCGCUUCGCUGAAGAAUGGAAUUUUGAGCAUUGUCGUGCCCAAGGCUGCGGUGCCCGAGUCCCGGCGGAUCAACAUCGAGUAA